GUGACAGUGAGUCUGGGGAAGCUCAACGAGCUGCAGGCCGACGCUUGGACCACAUAUUGAUCAGAUUUACCCGCAUAGCGCGGGGUGAUGGAGGGAUGAGUUUGCUAUUUUUGUUUUGUUUUGUAGUGAGUUCCGAUCGCCCUGCAAGACUUUCUCUCUAGUGCUUGGCCGUUACAUCCCCCUCCUGGCACUGCUGCAACGGUCAACGAACCUCAAAGAGUCAACUCGGAGACCUGCAGGGAAGGAAUUUAUCAGUCAGCACGUGAAAUAAGGAGCAGGGUGGGGUUUGGAUUAUCAAACCCAUCAUCAUCCUGCAGUCAACCAAAAGGCAAGCAAGCCCAACAUGAACCAGUUCAACAUUGACUACCAUCAACAACAGCAACAACCUCAACAACAACAACAACAAGCACAACAUCCGAAUAUUAAUCCCAAUCGAUCAUCUUCUCCCACCGAUCAUUCCUCAUUCGAUAGGUCUCGGAUACCCAGUAGACCCUACAAAUGUCCAGUCUGUGAUCGUGCAUUCUAUCGACUAGAGCAUCAAACCCGUCACAUUCGAACCCAUACUGGAGAAAAACCGCACCACUGCACUCAUCCUGGUUGUGAUAAGAAAUUCUCAAGAUCAGAUGAACUCACAAGACAUACUCGAAUUCAUACCCAUCCAACCCAACGCAAGAAACCAUCAUCACUCACCAACAAAGCUCAUCACCAUCAUCAUCAGCACCACCACCAGCAGCAGCAGCAACCCCGGCCGGCCCAAAGUACUGUCACUAGCACCCCUCCUAUUCAAAACAAUAAUAUCAUCUUCAGUCAGGAGGCCCACAGCCAACAGCUUAACUACUCAAUCAACCAAACCUACAGCCAUCCAAACCCUCGACAGCAUCAUCACCCACUCCCUCACCCAUACCACCGUCAUCCCUCUCAUCCUCCUCCUCACCAUCACCAUCAUCAGCAACAACAACAACAGCAGUAUCAUCAGCAAACCAACUCUCAUGAGUUUUCUCCAGGUCAUCAUGUCCGCCACCAUUCCAACCAAUCCAAUCGGCUCAGCUUCUCUACUAGCUCAGUCUUAGAGCCCAUGCAACAUCUCAGUCUUGUCCAUCCAAGACCGACGACCGAGCAGGCUCAAUUCACUCUUGGCUCAAAUCCGGCUUCCCCUCUGCAUCGAAUCUCUCGACCACAAAGCCCGAUCGUCCUGCCAUCAUUAAGACUAUCUGCUCCCGCAAUAGACCUUCCUCCUCCAAAUCAUAAUGGGAGUAACCAUGUGGUUGAUGACACGGAAAUGCUUGAUGAUCCUCGCCCACUGGAGAGAUCUCAAUCAAGCCCUUCACUGUCCACUGCACCUGAACGAUGGGCAAUUUAUCAACGGCAAAAACACCGCUCGAAGCUUGAGGGUCAGGCCGUCAGUGGUGGUACCUCAGAGGGUCUGCCGACACCGAUCCAACGAAACUCAAGCUUUUCCUCAGUCGGAUCAUCCUCCUUUGAGCAUUUUGCACAAGCCCGCCUACAGUCAUCCAAUACACCGAGUACGGCACCUAGUAGUCUGACCGAGCCAGACUCGGUCUGUCAUCGAGGACGACUGGAACUGAUUCUGAACGGGGACACUCCAGUUCAUCAGGUCAACAAGCCCCACGACCCUCGAAGGACUUUGCCGCCGCUAUCAUCCCUGACCAAGUCGUGUGGACCGAUCAUGACUUUCCCGAACGUCUCCUCUUCUAAAUCCCGUUCGGCCCCUCAAUCUCGAGUCAAUAGUCCACCAAGCUCACCCAGACUGGUCGCACUGCCGCCCCUAGUGGCCGGGCCGAACCUCAAAAGAUCUCGGUCGAUGAACCAUCACCAUCAAGAUAGAUGGGACCAAGUGCCAAGAUCGACUCGGGACCAAAACAAUCAUAGUGGCCAUAGUCUCCCGUUCUCUGGAUCGUCUACAUCGACGACGGACGAUCGAGGGUCGAUGAUGACCAUGAAGCAUGGGAAUGGCUUUAGCGGUAAACGGAGAGACUCGAGUACUAGUGCGCCUCGGAGAAAGAAUCAAUUUGGACUCCAGAUGACGCCCAUCGAACAUACCGCACCUCCUCCUCCUCCACCAACGACGAUGAUGGGCUCCUCAAGCAGUCGGACCCAUUACCAUCAUCAUCAUCAUCCCUUCCGAAGCUCGGGCUCAUCGGCCGUCGGCAGCAGCUCGAGUGGCAGCUUCUUCGACAGUUAUGAACACUAUCAAGUCCGGUCAAGGUCUGAUAGUUUCUGUAGUCAAGAGUCUGGAUACAGCUCUGGGCUGCCCUUCUCUAAUGGGAUGAUCACCGAUGAGGAGGAGCGAGGAGAGCGGGAAGAAGAGGAUGAGGAUGAAGAGGUGGAGGAGAGAUCGAAGGGCCAGGAGGAUGUCGAGCAGUCGAUCAGGGAGAAUGACUUCGAUGACGACGGGAUCCUCAUUAGACCCAGGAAAAAAUCCACUAAAGCCCCCCCUAUUCUUCCCCCUUCUUCUUCUUCUUCUUCUGGCCCACUCCAUCUCCCUCUUCCUCCCCCUCCUAUCCAACUCGUCAAUCGUGAUAAUGCCUCUUCAUUCGUCGACCCUCACGUCGACCAUCAACUUCUCCCCUCUCACCCCUCCACCCAUGACCGUCAUCAUCCUCAUCCUCAUCCUCAUCAUCCACAUACUCAUCAUCUUGCGCCUGUUCCUGCUCCGCUUCAUCAACCCACGGUUAUCGAAUAAUCCCUUCUUCUUCUUCUUCUUCUCAUUAUUAUUCUCUUGCUUUUGUUUUGUUUGCUCUUUUUGUCAGUUGGUUUUUUGAAGGGUUUUUUUUUUGAAAUCGG